CAUCUACACCUCAACUCCUACUUCCAUCAUUGUCCGGCCCAGCUGCUUACGAACCGCAAUUCAACGUGCUAGCUGCCUCUCUUGCGAGCUCGCUUGUGCUGCGUGUUCCAACCAUUGUUCCAACGACAUAACCCACCUCUCCUCUGUCCCCACCCUUCCGCUCACCUCCGCUGAGGACUUGCUUCAGCAUGACAACACCAUCACCACACACGUUGUGGACGCGGAGUGCAACUGCCAUUGUCAAGGGGAUGCUGCAGAAGCAUCGAUUUCUCAAGACGCAGGACAUCUGGAGAAUGGGCACCGAGGGGACACGACCGACUAUCCAAGCAACACAGAUGAUAGACGCCCAGGGACGAAUCCGCAUGAAGCGCGUCUCCAACAUCCGUGAAGGUCGGCGUAUCUGGGUACCGCCACCCGUAACGCCGCUGCCACAUCACCCGUUCCAGGCGAUGCGAUUUUUGAAACACAACAUCCUGGGAGGUCUUGAAGCGCAGAAUCUGGUCCAUAAGACAGUGGUGAAAGUGCCGAUCCGGUCCGCCGAGGGGAUUCUUGAGGCGGAGCGCUCCGCAAUGCGCGUGUAUCGUCGACAAGUUUUCGAGGCCAAGAAGGCUGGCUUGGAGCCGCCGACUUCGGUACCCGAACCUCGCACACACGAGCGAGAGUACUACUGGACGCUCGGGGCGCCAUCGGAGCCGCGGGUAAUUUACGAGGAGAGCGACCUGUCGAAACCGAUGACGAAGGAGGAGGUCGAGGCCAAGACGGACGAGCUGGGAUGGGAGCGCGCCGAGCAGUUGGAGAAGGCGUACCACGACGCUAAGGCGCUGGAGCGCGAGCUGAUCGAUGCGCGCAAGGCUGUCCGCAAGGCCAAAUUCCUGGCUGAGCGCCAGCAGCUGAAAGAGGAGCGGAGGGAAAUGCUCGAGCAGGGUCUCGGCCCCAAACUCGCGCAGGAGAAGCGCCGCGCCGCGGCGAUCGAGAGCAUUGAGAACUACGCGCGCGAGACGGGCGAGGACGUCAGCGACUGGAUCAAGGAGCUUGAGGAGGCAGUCCUCCCGUCCAACCGGUACCCCGAGCGGGUCACCGAGGUGGUCAACCCUGUUCGCGUUGAUGGCAAGCUGCGCCUGACGCCGGGGAUCCCACGCCAGAACACCGCCAAGACGUUGAGCUCUAGGAAGUGAUAGAUCUAGACUGUAUAUUAUGCAUCACUCCCUACUUCUU